AUGCUUGACAGAUGGAUAAGUUUGCUGAAAAAUUCCAAAAGGGCGAUGCACACCUUGAACGACCCUUUAUCCUAUUACUUGGGAAAAUUAAAACGUUCGUAUACCGUGGAUGGGAACAUUGAGGUGGACCACUUGCAGAGGAGGAAUCAUACUAUUCAUACGACCAUGAGGAACAUGGACGAAUAUCAAAAUAGACUCUUUUUCCACUACAUAAUAAGCGAUAAUUUUCCCAAGUCCAAUCAAGACUGUUUUAUAAAUGUGGUCAGAAAGGCCUUUAUCUUAUUUGUAAAUGAGCUAGUUACUAUGGAGCAGCCUCAGUUAAAUAGAUGUGUACUCGAGUCAUGGAUACUCAUGGGGAGAGCCCACAGAUAA